AGCUUUUCAAAGUUUGUUAUAAUUUCUCUAGAAGUUCGUAUUAUUUACUGGUUUCCAGAACGUAAUGGCUUCAUUCUUGGCACGUACGGGCGGUCCCCUACUCGAUUCCGUUAGGCCGACGGCUGUCAAAAAGAUCCUCGGCCUGGCUCCCAUCGCCGUACAGCAAUUGAGGAACCUCAAUGUCCAGGAACAUGUUUCCUACACUCUCCUCAACGAAGGCAAAAUCCCCACACCGCGAUUUGCUGUUGCCAAAAACGGCAAGGAGGCCAACGACAUUGCCACCAAGCUAAAGACAGACAAUCUGGUUCUGAAGGCACAGGUCCUGGCCGGUGGACGUGGCAAGGGUACCUUCAAGAAUGGCCUUAAGGGCGGCGUUCGCGUGGUCUACGACCCCAAAACUGCCGAGGAGAUUUCCUCCAAGAUGCUUAACCAGCUGCUGGUCACCAAACAAACCGGACCGGCUGGUCGCAUUUGCAAUAAAGUAAUGGUGGCCGAGAGGAAAUUCCCGCGUCGUGAAUUCUAUUUCGCUGUGAUGAUGGAGCGAGCCUUUAAUGGCCCCGUUCUUAUUGCAUCCAAGGAAGGUGGCGUUGACAUUGAGGAAGUCGCUGCCAGCAGCCCCGAUGCCAUUCUUUAUGAGCCCAUCGACAUUGCCACUGGUUUGACCACUGAACAAGCCAAGAAGGUCAUUGAGAAAGUGGGUUUGGGCGGCGAGGGAGAGGAAACCCACAUCCAGAUGCUCGAGAACCUGUACGAUUUGUUUGUUAAGAAGGAUGCCCUCUUAGUUGAGAUCAAUCCCUAUGCUGAGGAUGCCAUGUCAGGCUUCUUCGCAUUGGACGCCAAACUGCGCUUUGAUGACAACGCCGAGUUCCGUCAGAAGGAGCUGUUUGCGCUGCGCGAUUGGACCCAAGAGGAUCCCAAGGAGGUUGAGGCGGCCAAGUAUAAUCUGAACUACAUUGCCCUUGAUGGCACCAUCGGCUGCAUGGUGAACGGUGCUGGUCUUGCCAUGGCCACCAUGGACAUCAUUAAGUUGUAUGGCGGUGAGCCAGCCAAUUUCCUCGAUGUGGGUGGUGGUGCAACGGCCGAGGCUGUGAAGGCUGCCUUCAAAAUUAUCACCUCCGAUCCGAAGGUGCUCUGCAUCUUGGUUAACAUUUUCGGCGGCAUUAUGCGAUGCGAUGUCAUUGCCGAGGGCAUCAUCUCCGCCACCAAGGACCUUAACUUGAACAUGCCCGUUGUUGUGCGUCUUCAGGGCACCAAGGUGAAGGAAGCCCGCGAGCUGAUUCGCACCUCUGGACUCAAGAUUCUAGCCCGCGACGACUUGGACAAGGCUGCCGAUCUGGCUGUCCACUUGGCGCAGAUUGUCAAGCUGGCCCGCGAAAUGAAGAUGGAUGUGAACUUUGAGAUUCCCGAUGCCCAAAAGUAGAUAAAUCCAUCGAUAUACCUGGCUAAGUCAACCCCCCCUCAUAAGCACACACAAAAAGAAACCCGAAAACAAAAGUAGAACCAACCAAACGCCUAACAUGUACUCUCUAGCCACACAAAACUACUCAAUGAAGCAAAUGCCAUCGGUUCGUAGUUAGAGCAUUAUGUAUUCAGGUCGUCGAACUAUUUGAUGAAUUAAUUUUGCAAAAAUGUUAAGUUUAAAGCUGUUGAAGAGUCGAGUCCUAAGAUAUGUCAUAGAUAAUUCGAAUAAUCCAAGCGAGUUGAGUGUUCUCUUUGCACCCAAACAAUGUCUAAAUAGUCAACCAUUAAUUGCACGUGAAUAAUAAUAGUAAAAUUGAAAAAGAAACUAUGUUUAAAUUGUAAUUUUUUUGCAAAAUUCAUUUAACUUUUUAAUUUAUUUAAUUGCAACGCAGCUGCUUCGAAAGCAGAUUGUUGUUCUCUCUUGUGUAUUAUGCUAUUUAGUUUGCCUUAAAUUAAAAACACAAAACAAACAAA